AUGAAGGAUAUAUCCAUGAUGGCGCCCAUCCUUGUGUUCUGGACUGUGGCCUUCGCUGCAUUGCUGCAAGCUUCAGCAUUUUUGGUCCCAUCACCUACCAAUCCCACCAUACCGGUACACAAGAAUGUGCCUUCUUCCGCAUUGGGUUCUCCAAUCAUCCAAAGAAGAACCCUAUCCACCACCACCAUACAACAUGCCACUAUUGAAAGAGAAGAUACCCUGGUUGCACCCAAUUCCAAACAAGACAACGACGACAAGAUCAAGAUUGUGCUAGUGGCUGGUUUUGAAUCCUUCAAUCGCGAUCUCUACUACCAAGCCGCCAAGGACAUGGCAGCCGACUUUAAUGUCGAACUCUCCGUCUUUGCUGACUCGGAUAUUCGAAGCAGCGUCACCAAUGUCAAUGACCAAGAUUUGGGCGUCAAUCCUGUCUUUGAAGAGGCCGUCAAAAACGCGGAUGCCUUUGUGGGUAGCUUGAUUUUCGAUUACGAUGAUGUACUCGUCGUCGAGAGUUUACUGCCGUAUGUCAAAGGUCCGCGGCUCUUGUUUGAAUGUGCCACGGAAAUCAUGACAUUUAAUCAGGUGGGAUCCUUCAACAUGGCCACCACGGGCGAUGGGCCGGCGGGUCCACCACCCGCUGUCAAGGCCAUUCUCUCCAAAUUUGGAAGUGGCAAGGAAGAAGAUCGCAUCAAUGGAUACUUGAAACUACUCAAAUUCGGGCCGGACUUGCUCAAGUUUGUACCGGGAGAAAAGGCGUCCGAUCUACGAACGUGGCUGGAAUCCUAUCGAUUCUGGAAUCAAGGUGGCAAAAAUAAUGUAGGAGCCAUGCUUCGGAUCAUUGCCCAUCGCUGUGACAGCAGCACACGUCAAGCAAACGACAGUGUCGAGUUGGUGUUGCCCGAAUUGGAGGUCACACCCGAUAUUGGACUCCUUCAUACGUUACGCGACAAAGAGAUACAACAUAGCAGCAACAAUCAACAACAACGCUUUUUUGAGUCACCGGCGGCCUACAUGGAGUGGCGGACAUCCAAAACGACAACCAUCGACUUGGCACAAAAGUACAACUUUCAACUCGCGCCGUCGGAUGCACCCCGUGUCGCAGUGCUCUUGUAUCGAAAGCAUGUCAUUACGGAGCAACGAUAUAUUCUGGAUCUCAUUCAAAUCAUGGAAGAACAGGGAUUGAUACCAGUGCCCAUCUUUAUCAAUGGCGUGGAAGCACACACGAUUGUGAGAGAUCUGUUGACCAGUGAACACGAAAUUCAAGGUGUUACGAGGGGGGAGAUUGUCCGCGAUGAUACCUACCAGCCGUACAAGGCAGCAAGGAUUGACAUCAUUGUCAACACCGUUGGCUUUCCACUGGUCGGUGGCCCUGCUGGAUCUGCCGAAGCGGGUCGAAACAUUGAAGUUGCAGAGGUGCUACUGCGCAGCAUGAAUGUCCCAUACAUGGUGGCCUCGCCACUGCUGCUGCAAAGCAUCCCACAGUGGAGGACCAACGGUGUCUUGGGUCUUCAGUCGGUUGUUCUCUAUUCGCUGCCGGAAUUGGAUGGCGCUAUUGAUACUGUUGUUCUAGGCGGUCUGGUGGGUGACAAAAUUGCUCUCGUGCCAGAACGAGUGCGAAAGCUGACCAGCAGAGUCAAGGCGUGGACCUCUCUGCACAACACACCCAAAUCAGAGCGCAAGAUUGCCAUUUCCCUGUACGGAUUCCCACCCAAUGUUGGCGCAGUCGGCACAGCUGCAUUGCUAGAUGUCCCGCAAUCUCUGGAGAACCUGCUAAAGCGACUCGACGAGGAAGGGUAUGAUGUCGGGAGCUUUCCGUCUGACCCUGACGCUUCAGGAGAAAGCUUGGUGGCCGCUCUUAGCAUUCUCUGCGAAAAUCCAGUCAUUACGGGAGGAGCCGAGAGGAUGCAAGAUGCGGUCGACGCUAAGAUCACGCGAGCGACCGCUGGCGAUGAGACAGUAGCAGCAACGCUGGCGAGACCAGGAGGUGGUCUUGGAGGAGCCACAGUCAAGGCACUUGACGUGACAUGGGAUGAUUUGGAGAAAGUGUUGGGAAAAUACAUGACCCGAAAAGUUCGGCGUGCAUGGCCCGAAAAAGAACGAGGACCGGGAGUCUCUGCCAAUGGGAAGAUGGUAGUGUCAGGCCUCCAGGUUGGCAACGUCUGGAUCACUGUACAGCCAUUGCUUGGUGUUGAGGGCGACCCAAUGAGGCUCUUGUUUGAGCGUGACCUCACUCCACACCCACAGUAUUGCGCUGCCUACGAAUGGAUGCGACAACCAGAAUCAAACCGCGGUUUUGGAAGCCAGGCAGUCAUCCAUCUUGGCAUGCACGGCACAGUCGAGUGGCUACCUGGUCAACAAUUGGGCAAUGAUCGGCAGUCGUGGUCUGAUGAACUGCUGGGAGAGCUCCCCAACAUAUAUGCAUACGCAGCCAACAAUCCAUCCGAGAGUAUUCUUGCCAAACGACGAGGCUACGGCACGCUGGUUUCAUACAACGUGCCUCCAUAUGGAAGAGCGGGUCUUUAUUUGGAUUUGGCGAAUCUGAAGGAGCUCGUGGAUGAAUAUAGGUCAGGAGGCGAUCGUGACAAAAGUGAUGCUGCAGCUGCUGACGUGCGAGCAGCUAUCUUUAGCACUGCGCAAAAGGCCGGUCUUGGAAGUGAUGUGCCGCCACUAGCGCUCGAUCCUACAAGCGAAGAAGCGUUUGAGGGAACUGAGUUGCCAGACACCUACGACGUCAGUGCAUUCAACAAGUGGGUUACCAGUCUUUCCGACUAUCUCUUCGUGCUUCAAGAGAGACUGUUUUCAAGCGGUCUGCAUGUUCUUGGAGCAUCGCCGUCAGAUGAAGAACUGAAGAGUUACUUGAAUGCAUACUAUGGUGACGAGCUGUCUGAGGAGGAUUGCGAUACGGUUAUUGCCGAGUGGCAUGAAACCAAGACCGAAGGUACUAGCUCAGCUUUCCUGGAUGGAUUUUCAAGUUUCUUGGAAGGAUUAUUCGGAACAGCCGACGAUGCGUCGGCAAAGGAUGGCGAGCACUCUGACGACAUGACAAAGGACGCCACAGAUAUUGUCCGCUUGUUGAGCGCAUCUACAGAAGAAAUGGAUUCAAUUGUCAACGCCCUUGAUGGAGGCUACGUCCCUGCGAAACCUGGAGGCGACUUGCUCAGGGACGGAACAUCCGUGCUUCCGACUGGCAAGAACAUCUACGCCCUGGAUCCUUACAGGAUGCCCUCAGCAACAGCGUGGGCUCGAGGGCAGCGGAUCGCUGCGGAGACUUUGAGACAACAUCAAGCUAUGAACGAUGGGCAUUAUCCAGAAACUGUCGCUGUGACACUUUGGGGCCUCGACGCCAUCAAAACCAGGGGAGAAUCGGUGGCGAUCGUUCUUGCUUUAGUGGGCGCCAAACCAGUUAAGGAAGGUACCGGCCGUAUUGUGAGGUUCGAUCUUGUACCUCUUGAAGAGCUUGGGAGACCUCGAGUGGACGUCUUGGCCUCGCUUAGUGGCAUCUUCCGAGAUUCGUUUGCCAAUGUGGUCGAUCUGUUGGACGACAUGUUUGAAAGGGCAGCAGCAGCGGAUGAACCAAAUGAAAUGAACUUUGUCAAGAAGCACGCAGAGAGUCUGCGCGACGAUGGCGUUGAGAGACCUGCAGCUCGGCUUUUUAGCAACCCACCAGGAGAUUACGGCUCCAUGGUCAACGAGGUUGUUGGCACAGGUGACUGGUCUGAAAGCGAGGCACUCGGAGAAACUUGGAAAGGUAGAAACGUCUUCGCGUAUGGUCGUGGUGAAGGAACUGGGGUGGGUACAGCUGGAACAGCUCGCCCCGAAGUUUUGGACAAACUACUGGAGACUACCGAAAGAGUCGUGCAGGAGAUUGACUCAGUCGAGUACGGCUUGUCAGACAUACAGGAGUAUUAUGCCAAUACUGGAGCACUCAAGAAAGCUGCCGAAAACAGAAAGGCAGCUGACCCGACAACAGGGAGAAAGAAGAAAGUGUCCGUUUCCAUUGUAGAGGCUUUCAGCGGGUCCGCAGACGAGGAUAUUCCGGUACAAGAGCUCGAGGAUGUUCUGAGAGUCGAGUAUAGGAGCAAAAUGCUCAAUCCCAAGUGGAGAGACGCCAUGCUUCAGCAAGGGUCGGGCGGGGCAUACGAGAUCUCGCAAAGAAUGACAGCAAUGGUUGGCUGGGCAGCAACAGCCGAAGUUGAUAAUUUUGUGUUCGACCAAGCGGCCGAGAGAUACGCCCUGGAUGAAGCCGUGGCCAAGCAACUCCAGAAAAGUAACCCUGAGGCCUUCAAAAAUGUUGUCAGAAGGUUCCUCGAGGCAGCUGGACGAGGAAUGUGGUCCACCGACGAGGAAACACUUGAUAAGCUAAGAGAGCUCUAUGCUGAUGCUGACGAUAUCAUCGAGAUGGGUUCAUAG